AAUUUAAAACAAGGACAAAAAGAAGUUGUCGACUGAACGAGAGGGGGGGAAACCACAGAAUUUUCCUCACACAGAAAACGGGGGGGUGAGUGUGACAGGGAGAGAAGGGGGUCAUCGAAAGACUGGGCACUCGGGAAGGAAAUCCCCAUACCACUCCAGAAAAGUUGUAGGCAACUAUAAGGAUCGCACGUUACAGGGUCCGCAACAGAAGAUCUGUUCUGCUCUUUUCCAAAGCCUUUGACGAAGGACUAUACCGACACGUCUGAAGAGAAUGGGGACCGGAAUCCAUCGCAGACUUUACUUGGUGUGGAGUUAUGCGUUGAUUACCGUGUCUCUGACCAGAGGAGAAAAGCAAGCUGCUGGUAGAAAGUCUCGCCAGGCCCUGGAAAGGGAGGCGCAGGAGGGGGUGUGGGGUCCAUGGACCACCUGGACUGACUGCUCGCAGAGCUGUGGCGUGGGGGUGUCAGAGAGGCGGAGGCAGUGCCUGCCCCCGCCCCGAAUCCCUCAGACCUGGGGGGCACCUUCCUUUUUGCCACAAGGACUCCCCAACCACACUCCCGUCAUUUCAGCCAUACGCCCCUAUUACCCCUCCCAGUACCCCGACCCAUCCCAGUUUGGGGGUGGCGAAAGGCCACCUUUCUUCACCCCUGCGCUGAGACCCAAUCAGAAUCCUGGGAUAUCCAUCUACAGGACCGAUCCGGGGGCGGCCACCGCAGAUCGGGCCAAUCCCGCGGCUCCGUUUUACCGGCCGGAAUUCCCCCCGCCCAAUCAGGAGCCGGUCUCCAUUUACCGCCCGCCCUCGUUCCCUUCCUCCUCACUCAGCUAUGGCCAAAGAAGGGCUUCCACGCGGACGGCCAAUCACGGGGCAGGCAGAGCCGGAGGGGGCGGGAGCAGGAGAUCAGCGGUGACCAGUCGGGAUGCGGCAUCUUCAAGAAGGUCGGCUUCCUCCGGCUCCCCCAUUCGCCCGGGGCAGUUUGGCUACGGCAGAGUGCCCUUCUCCCUGCCCCUGCUUCGGCCCAACAGGAACGCGCGCCACGCCGCCCGCCGCGGGGGCAACGGCACCACGGCCGCCCCCGAGCCGGAGGAAGAGGGGCCAGAGGGGCGAGAGCGGCCGCUCGGCGCGGACGGGGCCCCGGCGGAAAGCGGGGCCGUCAGGCGGAGGAAGGAAGAGGGGGAAGGCGAGGGAGAGGGGGAGCGAGGGAACGGAGAGGAGGGACGAGUGGGAAACAGGGAGGCCGAGGGCGGCGGGGGAGCCGAGGACCCGGGGGAGGGGCAGGGACGGGACGGGACGGCGGGGGAGGGCACCGCCUCCCCCACAGCCAGAGCGGAGCCCCCCCAGGCAGCCAGACCCACGGACAGCCCGCCUGACGGACAGGGGGCGAGGGAGAGUCCCAGGCAGACGGGCGUAAGCGCAGACACUGGCGGCUCCAGACAGACGGACAGACAGGCUGACAGGAACCCCGGCAGGCAGGCGGAGAGAUACAGGCCCACACACGGCGGCAGCCAUGCCCCCAGACACCCGCAAACCAACCGAGACAGACAGACUGACAGACGGGUCCCUCCCCCCGUCCCCCCGCCCUUCUCUUCCUCCUCCGUCAGCCGCUUCUCACCGCACAGAGAGCCCCCCCACAGCCUUCCUGCUUCCCUGCCCCUGUCCCGCCCCCGCUCCCCUCAGCACACCGCCCCCCCGGACCCCGACGUCUGGCUGCCGCAGCACCCCGGCGGGCAGGGGGAGGGGGGGCCGCAAGGAGGGCACGCUGGGGGGCACUGGGGGCCCCACGUGGCCCCUCAGCAUCUCAAGUGCCGUGGACCAGAGAAGGAGUACCGGAGGUGCAGCGAACAGUCCUGCCCUGGGCGACCUGUGGACCCCAGAGCAGAGCAGUGCUCAGUCUUCGACAGCCAGGAGUUCAUGGGGAGACUGUACACCUGGGAGCCCUUCACUGAAGUGGGGCAGCAGCAGCAGUGUGAGCUCACCUGCAGGCCUGCAGGGUUCCGCUUCUACGUUCGGCAGGCGGACGCGGUGCGGGACGGCACGCCGUGCGCCAACACCACCGCCAACGACGUGUGUGUGGGGGGGCGCUGUCUGAGUGAAGGGUGCGAUGGCGUGCUGGGGUCGGGUCUGGUGCGGGACAGAUGUGGGGUGUGCGGGGGGCGGGACGCCUCCUGUCGCCGGGUGACCGGAAGCUUCCAGAACGCCAGCGUGCCCCUGGGGUACCAUCGCAUUCUGGACAUUCCACCUGGGGCGACCGCCAUCAACAUCACAGAGCGGCGGGCCAGCCCCAACUACCUGGCUCUACGCAGUGGCACGGGCCAGUCCGUGGUGAACGGGCGCUGGGCUGUAGACCCCCCCGGGGAGUACCAGGCGGGGGGCACCACCUUCCUCUACAGCCGCCCAUGGGUGGGUCCGGAGGGGCAGGAAGAGGGGGCGGGGGAGAAAUUAACUGCCCCUGGCCCCACCACCACCCUGCUGCAGCUCUAUAUAAUCUAUCACAGACAGAACCCGGGGAUUGACUACGAGUUCUACAUACCGGCGGAGAAGAGCGAGGGAGAGAGGGAGCGAGCGAGAGAAAGAGACGGAGGAAGGGCCGCUCUCCGAGACGUCAGUGCCCUGAUGUUAGCUGUGGAAGACCCCCUUCCCCUCCCGCCUCCCCCGUCCUCUUCCUCGGAGAGGAGGUGGUCGCCCGAGCGACCCCGCCCGCAAGGGCCCGCGCCCAAUCGGCACGCCCGAAUCCCCCCGCGCACCGACCUGCCCCUCGACACCCAGCGGCCCUUCGUGUGGCGGAGGGGCGAGCUCACGAAAUGUUCUGCUUCCUGUGGCAAAGGGUUUCAGCACAGGGCGGUUUACUGUGUCGAUCGCCACACCGAACAGGAAGUGCUUGACAGGAAGUGCGACUCGGCCACGAGGCCUACUGAAGAGGAAGAGCCGUGCAACGUGCAGCCCUGCCCGCCCUUUUGGGAGAUGGGCUCGUGGUCGGACUGCAGCGUCUCCUGCGGCUGGGGGGUCCAGCAGAGGCAGCUCCAGUGCAGGCAGAGUUUCGGGAACCGCUCCACCAUGGUGCACCCCCAGCGCUGCGCCCUCCUGUCCCGCCCCAACGCCACCCAGCCCUGCCACCCCCGCACGUGCUCGCACUGGGAGAUCCGCACCAACUGGAGCACCUGCUCAGUGGAUUGUGGCGUGGGGAAGAGGACACGGAAUGUCCGUUGCGUCAGUAACCACGGCAGCGUUGUGAAUGACCACGAGUGCAAUUCCAGGCUCCGCCCACAAGGCAGUGAGGACUGUCACAUGGGGCCCUGCGUCACUAACUGGUACUUCACGGACUGGUCAUACAUAUGCUCGGCAGAGUGCGGCCCCGGAGUCCAGCGGAGGCAGGUGGUGUGUCUGACCAGAGGAGGCGGGAGAGAGGGAGAAGGAGGAGGAGGCUGCGCGGCGGAGAAGCCGGCCGACAUGAAGGCCUGCAAUGGAGGGCCCUGUGAGGCCACUCACCUGUGGUACACCGGGCCAUGGGGGCAGUGCAGCGUCCCCUGUGGGAACGGCACGCAGCGCCGCGACAUCAUCUGCGUUCAGAAGCUGGGGAACGACUUCAAUGUGGCGCCGGCCGACCGGUGUGCGCGCCUGAGAAAGCCUUCCCCUGUGCAGACCUGCGAGACAGAGCCGUGCAGCCCGCAGUGGUUCACUACCGACUGGACUGCGUGCUCUCGCUCGUGUGGGAAGGGGCUUCAGGCCAGGGAGGUACGGUGUCUCACAGCAGACAAUCAGUACAGCGCAGACUGUGACCUCAUCGACAAACCAGAGCAGGAGCAGACUUGUAACAUUAUACCAUGCAGCCCCCACGUCCCAGAUGAGAACUGCAGAGACAAGCGGCCCAACUGUGCCAAAGUGGCGCAGGCGCGGCUGUGCGUGUACUCCUUUUACAAAACGGCCUGCUGCGCGUCCUGCACUCACAGCGCGCAGAGGGCCAGGAGGCACUGAGCGAGGCGCAGGGACGCCCCUGCGCACCCCGUCCGCAGCGGGACAGGCCCGGAGAGGGGGCGAGGGGCGGGGGCGAGGAGAGGGGGACGAGAGCACUGCCACCAACGCACACAGCGCAUUCAAACCGCCGGUAUGCUGUGACAUCACGUAGCAUGGGCACCUUGGUGAAAACAUACUGUUCAUAUUUUCAACAGGAUGUAUGCCAAAAAAAAGUUUUAUCAUGUGUAAUAUCAUGUCAUGACUGCUUGCCAGCAAAUUAUACUUAUAGCAAUUAGAGCAUGGUAGAGACAUGAUGAAGCAAUGCCAAAAAAAGCAAAGAAAUAUUAGAGUACCAAAAGUACAAAUAUGAUCAUGCCAAACUUUUUUUGGAGAAACUCAAGACAAAGAAACACCUGUUACCUAUUAUAACAUGCUUUCAUCAGGAUACGUACAGGAAGUCCUGCAUGACAAAAUAUAUUGCCUUUCAGAACAGUUGGCAAAUCGGUUUAAUACUCUUAAAUUGAUCUCUCCACGAACAUCUGAACAUCUGGACACAGACUCAGAUGUAUUGUAACCAGCCUAAAUUGAGCCAAAGGAGAGCAACACAUAAUAUUCGGUGCGUUUUAUUAACAAAAAAAAGUUUUGAUUGUGAAAUUGUAGUUUACAAGCGGAUUCAGAGAACAGGAAAUGAUGACAGAGAUGCCAACUGUGGCAUUUGAUAGCCAAACUGGGACAUGAAAGCUCAUGAAACAUUAAAAAAAAAACAUUGUAAUGAUCAUGUCCCCAAAUCCCUUAAAUUUUCUCUUCUGGAAGGGAGCGAAAAUGGAACACUGAGGCCCACCACGCCUUUCUCACAUAUUGCAUCAGCUUGUUUUUCCCACCAAAAUAAUGUUCACGUUUUAUUUUGGUUCAGAAACUGCACGCCAUUUGAAAUGGUGUGCAGCAUUUAGUUCAGCAACCACGAGGAACUGAAGAAUUUAGCACUUUGUCGAAAAAGAAUAUGCUUAUACGAAUAUACUUGUAUAGUAAUCACACACAUAUCCAACACUGCUGGGAUGAGAUCCAGGACAGAUAGCAGAGAACAACUGAAGUAAGUAGCUUUAACUGAUACUGGAAUUCAGAAAGAUGUAAGCACUUCAAACUGUCCUCAGCAUGACACAACAUCAUCUUUAAUACUUCAGUAUAACAAACCUUAAGCAUAGCCUAUUCAGUAGCUUUCUAAUGGACAGUAUUGAAAGAGAUAGCUUAGCAUAGUUUUUCUGUGAACCAGUGAACCAGUUGUCAGAAGAAUUUAAAAAAACAGAAGAAUAAUACAUCCUUGCACAAAAUUGUUCCAUGAAACAAGUAUACUAUACAUCUUUAUUUCUUUUUUUUUUUUUCAUUUGAGAGCAAAACUCAUUUUCCUGCAAGAUUUGCAUUUGUGACACAGGGUGAUGAUAGUUGACUUUGAGUGACCUGCCAAACGGGAUACACCAGGGAUUGCUCCAAAAUACGAUUUGAAAUGAGAAAUGAGAGAAAGCACGAUUGAUUUGAUUCGAUUCGAUUCGAUUCGAUUCGAUUCGAUUCGAUUGAUUAGAUCGAUUCCAGCACUGAGAUUAUCUCAUAAUUGCACGGUAGACAGUGGACCCUGCAUCUGCACACUGGUUUAACUCCUAGGAGAUGCAGACAUGAUGCCACAAUACUGGCACAUGCUCACAAACCUGGACCACAGAGAAACGCAGUCACACUUUCAGGCAGGCAUACGUCACGCUGCCCCACGCGUGUCGCGCAGUAUCUGCACGUGCUCAGACACCUGCCAUCGGUUCUGCACGUUCAGUUAUUCAUGACUUGGACAUCUUGUUAUCGGCAGGCUGGCUCGCCUGGUCUCUUUGCAGAAGUACAGGCUGUCUGUCUAAAUGCGUUUGUCUUUGUCAAGAUGUUGUAGUAGUGGUUUCAAAAAAUGCACGAGAGUGAAAGCUCUUUGUGCACCGUUGUCUGGUGAUAAAGUACACAUCACGUCAUUUCUACUGUCCUUUUCUCACUGUCACUUGGUCUGUGUACCUGCUUUCAUUCCAAUCUGUGAUUUUCUGUUAACAUUGCAAAUAGAAGCAAGUAUUGAAGGGCCAAAAUGCUGCAAAAAGGAAGCUUCCUAGUUCAUACAGUAUUUUCCAGUAAUGCCCAUGUGCCUGUUUUUACUACUAUGAUGAAUGUUGUUUAUUCAUAUUAUGUGUAGAUGUUCCUGUCAUUUUUGUUCUUUUACACAUGCGUGCACACACAACAACAUACACAUACAUACAUACAUAUAUGCACACACAUCCAAAUGCACUCACACACACUUAUAAGACUGACUGUUAUAUAUAUUUAUUUGACCGUAUUACAUAUUUUUAUAAUUAUGUUUUCUUAAAUAAUUGUAUUGCAGACAUUAUAUUAUAUCCUUUAUUUCAAUAUGUAUUAAUGCUGUAUUGAUAUGUAAAGGCUGUUAUAUAAGAGUUCAUAUAUAGCACAAAGUACCUAUAUUUUAAUAGUACGUUAUAAUAUAUUACUGUAUGUGUUUUUGAUAAGAGAGGACCUUUCAGCAUCAUAAUGUAUCUCUGCUGGAUAUAGAUAUUAAUUAUGCAACAGCCAAACUUUAAAAAAUCUGUAAUAAAAUAUGCAAUAGCUUACUCAAAAAUGGAACACACCAAAGCAACCUUUCAUAAAAUAUUGUACAUGUAUGGCAUAAAACCUAACAAUCUUAUCAAAUAACAUUCCACAAAUGAGAAUCUUAAGAGAGGCUACAAACAAAAAAAUGUAUACUGUUGUAUGUAAUUGUGCAUUCACACAAACACGCACACACACACACACACACACACACACACAGCAAACAAACAGGAAAGGCUGAAUUCACACGAGGUUGUAACCGAGCUCUCUAACCUGUAUAGCUCUGGCUAUUUAUCGACCAGUAUAAGUCAUAUUGUAUUUUGUUGUCCAAUUAAGCUACAAAAAGGGGGGGGGGGGGUAUGGUAAUUGAUUGAAGUUUCUUUUUAAGUUGAUUCCUUGCUUCUGAUUCCUUGCACGUGUCUCUGCCUGUGUGUGUGGGUGAUUGUGAGUGUGUGUGUGUGUGUGUGUGUGUGUGUGUGCGUAUGCGUGUGUGUGCAUGAACAUUUUGUGUGCCUAAAUGUCUUGAGUUUUUGUGCUUUUAGUAGAAACAAAACUUUUAUAAUAAAAAUGAAAAGGAUAGUAAUUUAUCUGUUAUAAAAAUAUCAAGUAAUUUAUUUUUUCUUCAAAGGAGCUCUAGCAAAAUACACAUGUUACUAUUUUGGAAAAAUUUUAAGAUAAGAGUUUUUUUUUCAUUAUGAACAAUCUUGUGGAUUUUUUAUUUUUAUUUUUAUUUGUAAAAGGCAUAGUUAACUGUAUGGAAAAUGCUAUCACGGUGCUUCAUUUGAAAUAAAAAUUAAAAUGUGAAUAAAAAAUGGAGAGU